AGCAGACCAACCUCUGCAGGAUCGUGGUAUAGGCCAUAGCGAGGGUGAGAAAUAGAAACCCCACAACAAUGCAGAUAUAGACCCUUCGAGACCACCGGCAUCAGAUAUUCAUUGAUGUAUUCAUAUCAUUCCGACAGGGCUCGGAAUACAACCCUAACUCAUAUAGGGUUCAUCCCGAGCGGAGUAAAUUUGCGAUUAGUAACCGGCAGGAACUCCGACUUCUCUUCCACCUCUUGACCAUGACGACCGCUGAUAGUGCUCAAUCACAGAGGCUAUUCACCAUGAAGAACACUGCUAGGGGCAUGGUCCGGAAGAAUGGUAAACCAAUCUCCUGCGAACCGUGUCGCAUCUCCAAGAUCCGGUGUGACCAUCAACAACCAACGUGUAGACGAUGUGAUGUUAGGGGCUUAAGUUCUAAGUGCUACUAUCAUCCGGCCCCUUUAACUCGACCACGGAAGAAAGCACAGGCACCUCGCAGUGUGUCUCCUGUAAACCCAUCGCGUGCGGAUGAUGAGGCCUUGGAAACCUCUACCAGCCCAGAUGACAGCAUCGUACCAACUGGGCCUCAAAUAGGCUUGACGUCUACCUCCCAACUAACGUAUUUGGGGUCCACCAGUUUUAUGUCAGCGUUUCACCGCGAUCAACGGGAUAUGAGCCUCUCAACACCGAAAACUGCCCAUGCAUCCACUUUGCGCAAGGCUUGGAGUGCGGACUUCACUCACGUGUUUCCCCGACUGGUGCAGCUUCUGCGUCCCCUCAGGCUCUAUGAAGAUUUAAUAACCGACAAAUACCAUCGCAGCCCAUUCACCGUCAUCCCAGCGCCUCUUGUGCUUACGCCCUUACGGUUGUUGCGAAACCACUGGGACAGGGAGGGAUGGCCGCAUGAGGGCUUGGGAUCCCAGAUCACUCAGAACACAGCCACCAAUGUGAUCAAGGUGGAAGCGAAUAUGACAACGCACCGGUUUUACCGUUUGUUCACUGGUGUGAAUCUGCGAUGGGAGUUUGUGGGCCUCAUAUUCGCUCUGGCGGGGCUCGGGGCCAGCAUAUCAUGUCCCUCCCCAUUGUUCUCUCUGAACGGCAAGGAUGAAAUCAGCCCAGAUGCCUUUGCCAUGGAGAUGGCAGCUGCAAGUCAUGCAUGCAUUGAAAUCUGCAGGCAGUACGACAACGUGAAUGACUUGGUGGUUUGGCUGCAGUACACGUAUUUCGUAUUAGGAUCAAAUAUAGACGGAGAGACGAACCAUCAUAUUUACGCACAAUUUGGGGACUUGGUCUCCUGCAUCCAUGCAAUGGGCCUACACCGUCCACAUCCUCCUGACUCCUCCGUCCCCUUCUUUCUCUCACAGACCCGCAAGAGGGUUUUCACAGCGUCAUAUCGCACCGACAAGAACCUCGCUACUUUCCUGGGAAGGCCACCUCGGCUUUCCUACCAUUAUUGCGACGUGGAACUACCCUUAGAUCUCGAUGACCAUAGUCUCAUCCUGGAUCACCUUUCCCUCGACAAAGCUGUCAGGCAGCUUACAUCGGAUGGAUGGGGUGGUUUCAGCGGUGGUCUUCGCCCUGCCACAGUCAUCCGGUUGCGAUAUAUGAUUGCGAGGUUGCGAGAGCAGGUGAUGGAGCUGUCCUUGGGGCGGGGCUUCGUAGGUUCCAGAGAAAGUGAACUCCAGAUGACCUAUCAAGAGUGUAAGCGAUUGUGGGAUAGAGUGCCCAAGGAACUUCACUACAGCAAGCGCUCCUGGGAAGUUCUGGGUCCGCACUUGUCCAUAAUUAGCCUGGUCAUCCAUCUGGAAUACCUCUAUACGGUGUUCCAGGUCGAGCGCAUCCGUUGCAGCGAGAGUCCCGAUGCCAUGACCGAUCUGCUGGACUCGGCCAUGCAGAUUGUCUCGGCAGUCACGGACUUCGCGAAGCAACGCGAGCAAGAAGACAACAUCCGAGAGCAGUACACGUGGAUUUUCCUUUUUUACGCUCUCCCGGCAGCAGGUGUCGUUGCAACCGAGCUCCAUCGCUGUACGGUGUCCAUGGUGCCACUGCCAUGUUCCAUGCCCCGGUCCAGGAUUAUCCGUGAUCUAAACCUGCUUGCAUCCUGGUUCGAAAGUGCCAACCCACCGACUAGUUACACACAUCAGGCGUGUGUGGAGGUCACCAAGGCCAUAAUCAAACUCUUAGAUGAUACUUUGGAUUACCCGUCAGGCGGGCAGACGGUAGAUGGACCACAGCCUGAUACAGGCAAUCGUCCUGGGCCGAACAGCGGUGAUCAAGUUCGGGAUAGUUCCCAUUCGAUUAUAGGGUCCAUAAAUACCCAUGGACAAAGUGAGGCAAUACCAAACGUGGACACUCUUGAAACCAGUGAGGAUUUCUUGAACUGGCUGGAUGAGCUGGGGCUGGACACCAGCGUCCCUGAGUUCUUUCGGUGGCAGUAACAUACAAUAGCCAUCAUCGAGUCUGGAGGGGAAAGACUGAGUUGAGGGAAGCUAUUCGGGAUCUUUGUGAAGGGUCUGGAUAGGUGAAGGGUAUGCAAGAGUGACUUGUUCAUUCAUUCUAGGCUGUUGCUGGGACUGAUUAUAUUGAAUUAUCUGGUAAGGUAUAAAUUGAGUCGAAAGCCGAGCUAGGAUCCUUCUUUCUGCAAAGCUUGGUGGCUACCACUUCUCUUGCUCUUAGCAAUGGAAU